AGCCUUGGCCUCCUAUAUAAGCCUGCCAGAUGCCCUCGCUUGACCACGCCAUUGCAGAAGAAGCAGAUCCAGCAGCAGUGGCGCAGAGCCCUCCAGCUCGCAGGUCCCCAGCAGCCUCUGUUCACUCGGCCAGGAUGAACAAGCCAUGGAGCCAGGGGAAGCGCAGGGGAGGAGGACUCAGCAGGGUGCUGAGGGAGCAGAAGGCCAGGCUCUACAUCAUCCGGCGAUGCGUCGUCAUGCUCCUCUGCUACCAUGACUGAUCUGCUGCUUCGGUGUUUGCUGUUCUUCGUGGCCGUUGACUGAAUCUAGGUGGUGGUGUUGCUUUGAUCUUUCAGUUUCUUGAGUUUUAGGAACUAGGAUUGACGAUUCUUUGGUGUAUAUAGGGAUAGUUCUCAGCUGGUAGCUACUGACGUUCCCAUCCUUAACGUCUCCUGUGUUGUGUUAGUGGUUGUUACUCCUAAGUCCUACAAUGGCAAGGAUGUGCUGCUAGGUGUUAUCGUGUGAAUUUUUUAUAAAUAGAAGUGCAAGAUCAGGAAA